UUCUCAACGGCUCUGGCUGGGACGGUAUCAUUUCAAUAAGACACAGGGGAAUGUUCUGAAUCUAAACACUGCAACCUUCUGCAUAUGACUGAAUCACAGACGUGCUGAUAUUCGGAACCGCAAUUGAUAUCAACCAGCUCGCCUCAGUUCACCCUAAGAUAGUGUAGAAAUAACUGUAGGUUGCCACUUUUUACAGUGUAUGUUUGUGUCAAGCGUGCUGCAGCAUGCAUCACUGUCCCAGCAUCUCUCCUCCCUCUCACAGCAUGGAAACACUUUCUCUCUACACCACCCCGUAUCACGUCCCAUUCACAGCAUCAUGGCGUUUGAGGGUGGGGGGCGGAGCUGUGGUGUUCAUGAACUCAUCUGUGCUAGAAGAGUAUCUCCUGAACUGCUAGGUGUCCUGUCCUCCAUUGCUGUCUUCAUGGCCGUGAUCGCUCUGUUUUUUCUUUACCUCAGCAGCAAGCUUUCAGUGGAGACCCCAAGCAGUGAUCUGCCACGUUUUGAAGGUUUUAACAAAGGUUUGCAAGAAUUUGUGGUCGGUUAGAAGACACACCAAAGGCACAAAACAAUGGCGUUUUUCAAGAGCUUCCAACAGAGCCUCCCUUCUGUCAGUUCCCUCCUGGACACUGUCUCAAACACCGUCUCAACUGCCGUGGAUGAUUUGUCCUCUGCGGUGAGUGAUGUUACCUACACUGUCAGUGACCAACUAACGGAGCAGGUCAAUACAAUCAUCCACAAAGUACAGACCGAAGAAGAUGACAAGGAUGCUGAAGGUUCUUCAGAAGAAGUCCAAAAGGAGAGGAAGAACAGCAAACUGAAGCGUCAGGAGACAGAAGGUAAUGCUGCAGACAGUGGAGAAGGAGAAGGUCGAAAAAGCCGAAAAUCAAAAAAGAACUCUAUGUGGACUAUUGAAAUAGAUGAAGAGGAAGUCCAGAGGGAGAAAGAAAGACAAGAGGAAGCAAGAAAAGCUGAGGAGGAGGAGUGGGAGUGGUGUUACGCUCCCUCUAAAGGUUGGUAUCGUAAAAGGAGGGACCCAAACCAACCACAAAGCUCGUCUCCGACCUCAGACAGUCAGAAAGAGAACAGUGACCAAGCAUCAAAAGAGGCAGAGUCUGUCGCUCAGGAAGAGAAUGCUUCCUCAUCUGGCAAACACAAGAAUGAAGGUGACAACCACAAUGAAAAUGCUAACGGCAUGCACCCAGGUAAUAGUCAGGACUCUCAGGAAAUUUCUGGUGAUACUGAUAUAUCAGCAUCAAAGCAUGAAAAGAAUGGAGAGCACAAUAGUGUUGAAGAAGAUGGUACAGACAGAAGAAAAGACAAAGGAGGUAAAGACGGGAGUUGUCCAGAAAAAGGAUCAUCUGAGAGUGAGGAUGAAACACCAAAAAGACACAAGGACUCAUCCUGUCAUGAGCAGAGAAGUGGGUGGAGAGACAGGGAUGCUGAAAAUGAAGAUUGCAGCAGUGAGGCCUCUGCUGAGCAGGUUAAAAGGAAAAAAGGUUCAAGUUCCCUGAAUGAACUUCAGCCUCCACCGUACCGGGACAAAGAUGAUCUCAAGGGUGGCUCAAGGGGCCGCAGUGACUCAGCAGAGGGCAGUGGAAGUGAGAUCAGUGAGGGCAGUGAAGACCCUGAGGACACAGAGAGCUACCUGAAUAAGGGCUAUGAAGAGGACGCACCUAGUGACAGCACAGCUGUUUUGGGGCCGGAGGAUAGCUUAGUCCCACCCCUUCCAGAAACAUAUGAACCAGAGGCACUGGGGAAAUACGGCACACUGGAUGUGGCAUUUGAAUAUGACCCUAGCGAACAACGGCUUGCGGUGACAGUGACCGCUGCCACAGAUAUUCCAACCCUUAAGAGCACAGGAAACAUUUCUUGGCAGGUCCACCUGGUUCUACUGCCCACCAAAAAGCAGAGGGCCAAGACAGGAGUGCAGAAGGGACCCUGUCCCGUCUUCACGGAGACAUUUCGCUUCUCAUGUGUGGAGAAGGAGGCCUUGGGGGACUAUGCAGUCCGGUUCCGUCUCUACAGUGUGAGGCGCAUGAAGAAGGAGAAGGUCCUAGGAGAGAAGGUGUUCUACUUAACCAAACUCAAUCUGCAGGGCAAGCUUGCGCUGCCUGUUACACUAGAGCCUGGCACAUCUGUUCCUGGCUGUGGAUCAGUGGUGAGUGUCUCUCGUAGUGCGGGAGCUCUGUCAUACCGCUCCACUGGUGAAUCCUCCACUCCAGAGCUUCUGCUGGGUCUCCUCUACAACUCCACCACAGGAAGAUUGUCUGCCGAGGUUAUCAAAGGCAGCCAUUUUAAAAACUCUGCCACUGAUAAACUGCCCGUUGGCCUGUUUUGUUGUGUUAAACACUUCAUUAGUGGGCAACUAUAUAUCAUGAGAGACACUUACGUGAAGCUUACAAUGCUGGACUCCAAAGGGAAAGAGAUGUCCAAAUGUAAGACCUCCGUAUGCCAUGGCCAGCCCAACCCAACCUACAAAGAGACAUUUGUGUUCCAGGUGGCGCUAUUUCAACUGUCCGAGGUCACCCUGCAGGUGUCAGUGUACAGUCGGCGGAGCAGCAUGAAGAGGAGAGAGCUGGUUGGCUGGGUCGCUCUGGGCCUCAACAGCACCACAGAGGAACAAGAGGAGCACUGGACCCAGAUGAAAGAGUCAGAGGGACAGCAGGUCUGCCAGUGGCACACCCUCCUCAAUUCUUAGGGGUGCAGGGAAACAAUGCAAUGCAGUUUGUGGUCAUCUGAAGGUUUAGUAGGACAAUAUGAGUACAAAUGAAGGGAUUUGUUCACACUAAAUUGAAAGUUCUGUCCUAAUUUACUCCUUCAUGUUGCUCGGAACCUAUAUUACUUGCUUUCUUCAUGAAACAUCAUCUAUCAUAUGGCUUCAAAAGACUGACAACUUGUCAUUUUUGGAGUUUGACAGCCCUUAUUUACUAUCUUUAUAUUGAAAAGUGUUCAUGUUUGUGUUCCAUAGAAGAAAGAAAGUCAGGUUUAGAAUGGCAUGAGGGUGAGUAAAUGAUGACAGAAGAGUGAUUUUUGAGUGAACUAUUCCUAAAGUAGUGUGUGCAAAAUUGCGGUCAUGCUUGUGAAACUUCCGCUAAAUUUUUUGGGCAAAUUAGGUCCAUUAUUCAUUAUCAAUAGCGUAGCGAUGCAUGAAGCACCGCUUACUCAGCAGUUAUUUCCUAAACAUACAAAUUUAUAUUGGUCGUUGCUGCAAAUUUGUGUGUUAAAAUUUCAAUGAACUUGACUGAUGUGAAAUACACAUUCAACCGAAAUUCCCAAUUGUAUCGAUUCCUACUGAGAUGACUGCAUUUUGCCCCCAUGGAAUUCCUCCUUAAAGUGAUAGUUCAACCAAAAAUGAAAAUUCUGUCAUGAAUUAUUCAUCCUCAUGUUGUUUCAAACCCGUAAGACCUUCAUUCGUCUUCGGAACACAAAUUAAGAUAUUUUUGAUGAAAUCUGAGAGCUUUCUGACCCUCUAUAAACAGCAAUGCAACCACCACGUUCAAGGCCCAGAAAGGUAGUAAGGACAUCGUUAAAAUGUUCCAUCAGUGGUUCUUUUUGUGCUCAAAGAAAACAAAAAUAACUUUUACUUUUAAAAAAUGGUUUUAAUACUUUUAAACUGUCAGUAACAGUUUCUUCUCUUCCGUGUCAGUCUUUGACGCGCCUGCACAUGUGUGUGGUGGUGCUGCGGCGCUCUGACGUAGAACAUCCAUCUCUCUUAGUUCAUCGUCUGUAUAGUCUGGUUCAAAUAAGUAAGGCUUGGCAAAAAAUUGAAAUCAUCCUCUGUCGAAAUCUUCAGACAUGUAUACAAAGACUGUUUUAUGUAGAGCGUACAUCUUCCUCUGCUUGUAAAUAAGGUGCAGCGUAUGCGCGUUCUAUGUUAGAACGCCGGCUCCUGCAUCAGCAGUCGUUAUUUUUUGUUUUCUUUGCAUACAAAAAGUAUUCUCAUAGCUUCGUAAAAUUAUGGUUGAACCACUGAUGUCACAUGGACUAUUUUAACAAUGUUCUUACUAACUUUCUGGGCCUUGAUUUCAUCAGAAAUAUCGUAAUUUGUGUUCCGAAGAUGAAUGAAGGUCUUACAGGUUUGGAACGACAUGAGGGUGAGAGUAAUUACUGACAGAAUUUUCAUUUUUGGGUGAACUAUCCCUUUAAAGGUAAAUGUGGUCACAUCUUAAUUUGUACUGUAGAGGAAUCCUCCAUGUUGGAGGUGCUGUUGACUUCUUAGAGAGACUGUGUUCCUCAGGAUAGCAGUAAUGGACCUGCUGUUUUUUGCAGUGUUAGGAUAGGAAGGCAGGAAACUGACUGAAAAAGACGCCUUAUGACGACAAUAGAAAAUUGAACUACUGCCAUUGGCACUGCCAUCUAUACCAAUUGUUUAUUCCCAUCAAAGCAUAACUGCAACUGUACUGUAUUGUAUUAUUGGCAGUUGCAUAAGCAUUCAAAUUACUUGAGGUUUAGCCUUUGUACUUGACUUGCAAAUAUGCAAAUACAAAUACAAAUAUGCACUGCAUGGUAACUGCUAAAGCAUCAAGAGAAACAUUCAGAAUAAAUAUCGGACCAAAGCGCAAGACCAUAAACAUAAUUCUGUUUUAUGAAGGGAUAUAGGGACUACAUCACACCAGCAAUAUAGCAAAAAUAUUUAAAAUGAAAAUGUACAAACAGUAGGGCUGCUGAAGACUGUCUAAAUGCAUCGAAUUACAAGUAACUGAUGUCUAAAUGUAACUGAUGCAAAUUUGAGUAAUUUAACUCAUGAUUUUGUCAUCUGUUUUCAUAUUGUGUAAGCAAAUUCUGCAUUAUGCAUAUGUUAAUGCUGAUUCAGGUUCAUUUUUAAUGUUUGAACACUAUACAUUUAAUAAAAUCUAAAUU